AUGGAUUCUGUAAAAGGGCCUCUCAGAAAGCUUUUUUGUUGUGAACUGAAAUAUGCAAGAUAUGAUGCCGCUGACGGCCAGUGGAUACUGAAGAUCGAUGGGAGAAACGUCCCUGUUCUCUGGGUAUGGCUUCAAGGUUCAGUGAAACUCAAAGGUAAAGGUAGGAUGCAGGUGGUUUUGUCGGAUACCACUGGAGAAGUAAAUGUCAUCGUGUGUUCAAGGAUGGAAAAACAUAUCACAGCUUUGCCAUUUGAUAACUGGUGCAAUUUGAUCGGCGAGCUGGUUCAACCGACCAAAUUGGCUGACUCAGCUGUAGUGAGCGUGAAGGCAAAAAAAUUGGUGAACGUCAAUCUCAGUGACAAUCCAUUUCCAAAGAAAUCCUGGGCCGCGCAGGUCUACGAUUACCAUCAGUGGUUGAAGCAACAUGCUGCUACCGAAGACGCUCAGUGA